AUGGAGUCUCUACGAACAAGAACAGCAGCUACGAACCUUGGCGGGGUACAAGGUUAUCGGCCCCUUGAAGGCAAACUUGUAAUUAUAACAGGAGCUUCAAGAGGUAUCGGAGUGGGCAUAGCCCACAACCUCGCCUCAAAAGGCGCAACUCUAAUUCUAAACUACACCUCAGACUCUUCCGCCCAAGCCUGCAACGACCUCUCCUCCCUCCUAACCCAAGAACACGGCACCACCAGCUUCGUAAUCCAAGCCGACAUGGGCUCCCCCGCCGGGCCCGCACACAUCAUCACCACAGCCAAGAACCACUUCUCGCACCCCAAGACCGGAAAGUUCCAAAUCGAUAUCAUCGUAAACAACGCUGGUGUCUCCAAGAACUUGAAAAUUGAAGAAUGCACGAUUGAGGAUUACGAGUGGCAGUAUCGGAUUAACGUUCUGGGCCCGUUGCUGCUGAUGCAAGCUGCGUUGCCAUAUUUGCCACAUGAUAGGAGUGGGCGGAUUGUGAACCUGUCGAGCGUGUCGAGUUCAGAGGGCUUUAUUGGGCAGAGUGUGUAUGGUGGUACGAAGGCGGCGUUGGAGGCUAUGACUAGGACGUGGGCAAGAGAGCUGGCUGAGAGGGCUACGGUUAAUGCCGUUAAUCCUGGGCCGGUGAAGACGGAUAUGUGGGCUGGUACGACCCCGGAGUUCAAGCUGAGGUUGAAACCGUUUAUCCAGCAAACACCUGGAAGUGCGAUUCGACCUGAGAUUGAUGAUGAGGAUUUGGUGGCUGAUGCAGAGAAUGCUGGGGGUAGACCGGCUUAUGUGGAUGAGAUUGCGGGGGUGGUGGGCAUGUUGUGUACGCCGGAUAGUUUGUGGUGUACUGGGCAGGUGGUUUGUGCUAACGGAGGUAUGAGGAUGUCCAUCUAA